AUGCCUCUUGUCAACAAUGACCUGUACCUAAAGGCGGCGAAGGCUGAUUUCACCAAUUUCCAGCAAAUGUGCCGACUUGAGUGGCAUGACCUGAAAAGGUGGUAUGACAGGAAUAAUCUGCAAAUGCGUGGUCUGUCUGAAAGUAGCGCACUGAGAGCUUACUUCUUAGCUGCAGCCAACAUCUUUGAACCGAACCGAGCAGCGGAGCGCCUGGCAUGGGCUCGCACGGCGAUACUUACAGAUGUUGUCUCCGCCUACUUUCAACGCAACGGUUGUGCUCCGGACUUGAGAGAACGGCUUAGUACUAGUAACCUCACUCGCGACCGCCACCACAGUCUAUCAAGGGUAGCAAUAAUGGAUUGGACAGAAAAUAGCAUACUACAUGUUCUUCAGGAGCUGAUCACGGACCUUGGCAAAUUUGACAAUACCACCGACACUCUUCGCAAAGCUUGGAAGGAUUGGCUUAUGGCAUGGACUGCAGAGGAGAGAAGUGGACCAUGUGAGUGGAGUACAGCAUUGUUGUUAGUUCGCACAAUCGAGGUCUGCUCAGGAAGACACAGUUCGACCGACCAUCAGCUGAACUUUUGGGAGUAUACCCAGCUCGAGGGGCUCACCUCUUCAAUAUGCCGCAAACUUGCAUCUAGGGUUCUUGCAAAGCAUGGACAUAGAAUGGAAAACAUAGAGGAUAUAGACCGACAAGUGGAUUUGGAGAUGGGAGAACUCGCUCAUCACGCUCUUCAGAGCUGCAACGGUAUCAGAAAACUGACUGGGCAGACUUUUCUCCACGUGGUGAAGAGUUUCAACUACGUUGCCCUUUGCUCAUAUGACACAAUUGAUUGCCAUAUCUACAAAGUCUUAUUGGAAGAUGUCAUUUGA